UUUUCUCUGUCUCCUUUUCCCUGUGUUAUUCUUCUUCUUUGCUGUCCAAAUCCAAGUCUGCUCCACCUUCACCCCCCUCCUGUCCUCCUUGCCCUCUGCUUCUGACAUUGGGGGAGGGGAAGAGGGACACUGGCUGAGAUGCAAGACCUUUUCAGGGCUGAGUGUUGUGUAUCUGAGCCAGCCAGCCUCUGGGGGGCGGGGGGGUGAGGGCAGGGGUUUUGGAAUCCCCGUUGCUAGUGUAUGCCACUUCCUGGUGUAAGGCCGGAGCUGGGGUGAGGGAAUGCAUUGUGACUCCGUGGCUGAAUGGCCUUGUGCAUGGGGGUGAGUGGCUUCCGCUUUCAGACUUUCUGCUCCUGCUCUGCCAAAAGUGCCGCAUGGCCGUGAUGCUCAGUCCUGAUGCUCUGAGUCCCAGACCCUGGUUCAGACCCCUCGGCAACCUGCCUGAUGAUCCACGACACCCAGCCCUGUUCUCUCUCUUCGUAAAGCGCCGUUGUUCUCCCUCAUUCUCUCUGCCUUUCUCCCUCUCUCUCUGCCUCCCCGCUCCCCUCUCUCACUGCCUCUCUCUUUGGUGCUGUCUUUCUAUGUCUCUCCCCCACUGUCUCUUUCUUCCCCACCCUCUGUGUGCACACGUGUGUGUGUGUAUGUGUGUGUGUCUCUCUCUCAUUGUUUUGUUUUUCUUUUCUGAAUGUCUUCUCUGUUCUUUUUUCUUUUCUUUUCUUUUCUUUUUUUCCUACUGUACAGCAUGGUGACCCUCUCUCUCAUUGUAAUAAAAUCUUCAUUUCAUAAAAUUUACUAUGUUAACCGAUUCUGAGUAUACAGUUUGCUGGCAUUAAGUACCUUCACAUUGCUGUGUAACCAUCACUCUCAUCCAUCUCUUUUCACAGUGAAAAUAUUUAGGAACAAAGUGUUCGGUAUCAUAAUUUUGCGUUUAUCAGGACCUUGUAUGACUUAGCAAAGUAUCUGCAUAGAAGAAGCAGGGCAUGGGUUCCAGGGCAGCUUGGAUCAUUUUCUGGUUUAAAAAGUGUCAGCAGCCUCUCCAUGGGCGGGACCUGAGGCCUGCUUUGUGUUUCGCUCUUGGACCCAGACACGCUGGCCCCAGAGGUGUUGAGCAGCACCCCGUGGCUGAUGAGUUCUGUCCUGACAGCCUUCCACCUCAUUCCAUCCCCGUUUCCUCCUUACCAUUGUCUAAGGGCCACUGGGACUUUCCCACCCGGUAUCCCAGCAGUUGGGAUGCUUUAUGACUCUGGAACAGCUACGUGGUCCUUCCUUCCUGUGCUUCUGCUAAGAGAGUCCCCCAGAGCAGAGGCAGCUCCAGGGGUGAGCCACAGCUCUAGAGCGCAGGGCUUUUUAAAGGCCUGGCUCUGAGAGGUGGGGCUGCUCCCGCUAUUUAUAGGGACAGGGAGAUUCCUGUUCUGCGCAGCUGGGCCUGCUUGCCACCGAGUCAGGCCACCCUGGUAGGUGGUUGCCUCUGUCGCUUCCUCUCCUGCUUCCCCCCUACUCCCUCACCCUUUCCCCAUCCCCUGUGUGUUAUCAGCGGUCUGGGAGGGAGCCUGGUCCAGAGUCUCCUUGAAAAAGCUAGGGCAAAGCCAAAAGCCCUGGUUGGUUCUUAGGGGGAAAUGCGGCCUUGGUCUUCCCCGCCCCGGCUUGGUGCAGCGGCUCAUCCCACCCCCACCGGGCGGGGGGACCCCUCGGGCCCUCGGCCUAUACCACCGCCCCGCCUUCGCCGGGCUUCCAGCCGGAGGGACCCUCCUUAUCCCAGGCCCACAGAGCCAGCUCUGGAAAUGGUUGGCUCCAAAUGCCAGCCUGGUACCCCUGCUGCCAGCCUCUGCCCCGCAGACUUCCCCAGCCAGCAUCGGGCGAUGCCACCAGGCCCUGCCAGCAGGGCAAACGUGGGCUCCCGGCCCCACGCCGUCGCCAACGGCCAUGAGUUGUUUGAGGUCUCAGAGGAGAGAGAUGAGGAAGUUGCUGCUUUUUGCCACAUGCUGGAUAUCCUCCGAUCUGGCUCCGACAUCCAGGAUUACUCCCUCACCGGGUUUGUCUGGAGCGCUGUCACCCCGAGCCCGGAGCACCUUGGGGAUGAGGUUAAUCUGAAGGUGACCGUGCUGUGUGACAGCCUUCGGGAGCCUCUUACUUUUACCUGCAACUGUUCCUCUACUGUAGACUUGCUCAUCUACCAGACCCUGUGCUACACCCACGAUGAGCUGAGGGAUGUCAACGUGGGUGACUUCGUGCUGAAGCCCUGUGGGCUGGAGGAGUUCCUGCAGAACAAGCACGCCCUGGGCAGCCAUGAGUAUAUUCAGUACUGUCGAAAGUUCGACAUCGACAUUCGGCUACAGCUGAUGGAGCAGAAAGCUGUGCGCAGUGACCUGGCCCGGACGGUAAACGAUGACCAGAGCCCUUCCACCUUGAACUACCUCGUGCAUCUGCAAGAGAGGCCAGUCAAGCAGACUAUCAGCAGGCAGGCCCUGAGUCUUCUGUUUGACACUUACCACAAUGAGGUGGAUGCCUUCCUGUUGGCUGAUGGGGACUUCCCACUGAAGGCCGACAGGGUGGUCCAGUCCGUCAAGGCCAUCUGCAAUGCCCUUGCCGCUGUGGAAACCCCUGAGAUCACCAACGCUCUCAACCAGCUGCCCCCCUGCCCUUCCCGAAUGCAGCCUAAAAUUCAGAAGGAUCCCACCGUCUUGGCUGUGAGGGAAAACCGAGAGAAGGUUGUGGAAGCCCUGACAGCAGCCAUCUUGGACCUGGUGGAGCUGUACUGCAACACAUUCAAUGCAGACUUCCAGACAGCAGUGCACGGGAGCCGCAAGCAUGACCUGGUCCAGGAGGCCUGCCAUUUCUCUGGGCCCCUGGCCUUUACCGUCUAUGCCACCCACCGCAUCCCCAUCAUCUGGGCUACCAGCUAUGAAGAUUUCUACCUCUCCUGCUCCCUCAGCCAUGGCGGCAAGGAGCUGUGCCGCCCCCUGCAGACCCGAAGGGCUCACUUCUCCAAGUACCUCUUCCACCUCAUCAUCUGGGACCAGCAGAUCUGCUUCCCCGUGCAGGUGAACCGGCUGCCUCGGGAGACCCUGCUGUCUGCCACUCUCUAUGCUCUGCCCAUCCCCCCGCCCGGGAGCUCCUCAGAGGCCAAUAAGCAGCGGCGGGUGCCCGAAGUCCUGGGCUGGGUCACUGCCCCGCUCUUCAACUUCAGGCAAGUCCUCACCUGUGGCCGGAAGCUCCUGGGCUUAUGGCCAGCAACGCAGGAAAACCCCAGUGGCCGAUGGAGUGCACCUAAUUUCCACCAGCCAGACAGUGUCAUCCUGCAGAUUGACUUCCCCACCUCGGCCUUCGACAUCAAGUUCACCAGCCCCGCUGGAGACAAGUUCAGCCCCCGCUAUGAGUUUGGCAGCCUCCGGGAGGAAGACCAACGCGUGCUUAAAAACAUCAUGCAAAAGGAGUCCCUGUACUGGCUCACUGAUGCUGACAAAAAGCGCCUGUGGGAGAAGCGGUAUUAUUGUCACUCAGAGGUGAGCUCACUCCCCCUGGUGCUCGCUAGCGCCCCCAGCUGGGAGUGGGCUUGCCUGCCGGAUAUCUAUGUUCUCCUGAAGCAGUGGACUCACAUGAACCACCAGGAUGCCCUGGGGCUCCUGCAUGCCACCUUUCCAGACCAGGAAGUGCGUCGUAUGGCUGUCCAGUGGAUCGGUUCCCUCUCCGAUGCUGAGCUGCUCGACUACCUGCCCCAGCUCGUGCAGGCCUUAAAGUACGAGUGCUACCUGGACAGCCCCUUGGUGCGCUUCCUCCUGAAACGAGCUGUCUCGGACUUGAGAGUGACUCACUACUUCUUCUGGUUGCUGAAAGAUGGCCUCAAGGACUCUCAGUUCAGCAUGCGUUACCAGUAUCUGCUGGCGGCCUUGUUGUGCUGCUGUGGCAAGGGGCUAAGAGAGGAGUUCAACCGCCAGUGCUGGCUUGUCAAUACCCUGGCCAAGCUGGCCCAGCAGGUCCGGGAGGCUGCCCCGUCUGCAAGGCAGGGGAUCCUCCGCACCGGCCUGGAGGAGGUGAGCCAGUUCUUUACCCUCAAUGGCUCCUGCCGCCUGCCGCUCAGCCCCAGUCUGCUGGUUAAGGGCAUCGUGCCCAGGGACUGUUCCUACUUCAACUCCAACGCAGUCCCACUCAAGCUCUCCUUCCAAAAUGUGGAUCCGCUGGGUGAGAACAUCCGGGUCAUCUUUAAGUGUGGGGACGACCUCCGCCAGGACAUGCUGACCCUACAGAUGAUUCGCAUCAUGAGCAAGAUCUGGGUCCAGGAGGGGCUGGACAUGCGCAUGGUCAUCUUCCGCUGCUUCUCCACGGGCCGUGGGAGAGGGAUGGUGGAGAUGAUCCCCAACUCUGAGACCCUGCGCAAGAUCCAGGUGGAGCAUGGGGUGACCGGCUCCUUCAAGGACCGGCCCCUCGCCGACUGGCUGCAGAAACACAACCCUGGGGAGGACGAGUAUGAGAAGGCUGUAGAGAACUUCAUCUAUUCCUGCGCUGGCUGCUGUGUGGCCACCUACGUCCUGGGCAUCUGUGACCGACACAAUGACAACAUCAUGCUGAAGACGACUGGCCACAUGUUCCACAUCGAUUUUGGCCGCUUCCUGGGCCAUGCCCAGAUGUUCGGCAACAUCAAGAGGGACCGUGCCCCCUUUGUCUUCACCUCGGACAUGGCGUAUGUCAUCAACGGGGGUGACAAGCCUUCCAGCCGCUUCCAUGAUUUUGUUGACCUUUGCUGCCAAGCCUACAACCUCAUUCGCAAGCACACCCACCUCUUCCUCAACCUCCUGGGCCUGAUGUUGUCCUGUGGGAUCCCUGAGCUCUCAGACCUGGAAGACCUCAAGUACGUGUAUGAUGCCCUGAGGCCUCAGGACACAGAGGCCAAUGCCACCACCUAUUUCACCAGGUUGAUUGAGUCUAGCCUUGGCAGUGUAGCCACAAAGCUCAAUUUUUUCAUUCAUAACCUGGCUCAGAUGAAGUUCACAGGCUCAGACGACCGGCUGACCCUUUCCUUUGCUCCCCGAACACACACUCUCAAGAGUUCUGGCCGCAUCAAUGAUGUUUUUCUCUGCCGCCACGAGAAGAUCUUCCACCCCAACAAGGGCUACAUUUACAUAGUGAAGGUGAUGCGGGAGAAUGCUCAUGAGGCCACUUACAUCCAGCGGACGUUUGAGGAGUUCCAGGAAUUACACAAUAAACUGCGGCUGCUCUUCCCUUCUUCUCUCUUGCCCAGCUUCCCUAGUCGCUUCGUGAUUGGCCGCUCGAGGGGAGAGGCGGUGGCGGAGCGGCGGAAGGAGGAGUUAAACGGCUACAUCUGGCACCUGAUCCACGCAGCCCCGGAGGUGGCCGAGUGUGAUUUGGUGUACACCUUCUUCCACCCCCUGCCCCGGGACGAGAAAGCUGCGGGCACCAGCCUGGCACCCAAGUCCUCAGAUGGCACGUGGGCCCGGCCGGUUGGGAAGGUUGGGGGAGAGGUGAAGCUGUCCAUCUCCUACAAAAACAAUAAACUCUUCAUCAUGGUGAUGCAUAUUCGGGGCUUGCAACUGCUCCAGGAUGGGAAUGACCCCGACCCCUAUGUCAAGAUUUACCUCCUUCCUGACCCUCAGAAAACCACUAAGAAGAAAACCAAAGUGGCCCGGAAAACCUGCAACCCCACCUACAAUGAGAUGCUGGUAUAUGAUGGGAUCCCCAAGGGAGACCUGCAGCAGCGGGAGCUACAGCUGAGUGUGCUGAGUGAGCAAGGAUUCUGGGAGAACGUUCUCCUCGGGGAGGUGCACAUCCGCCUGCGAGAGCUGGACCUGGCCCAGGAGAAGACCGGCUGGUUUGCACUGGGAUCUCGAAGUCAUGAGACUUUAUGAGCCCCGCAGAGCCGCAGCCCAGGACCCUAGGCUCGUGGUGGAGCCGGGCAAGAGGACUCGCCCUGCUUGACUCUUCCUUUCUCAAUGAAGGGGCAGGGCCCUCGUCGGGUCUCCCCGCUGUCCCGGUUGGAUCGGGCCUCCGUGGUAGGAGGCAGGGAGGAUAAAGAUGCUCUCUGCCGUCCCUUCCUCUGCAGGCUGCCUUUUGGGUUGGUUGUGAUGAGCAGCCCCUUGGAGGCUGUGAGGUUGCAGCAAAGGUUUAAGUUUACCUUGUGUCAAGGGAGCAAUACCUGGUUUGAGGUGUGUGUGUGGGGAGGGGGGGCUGUAGAAGUAGCAUUGUGCAGGGCGGGCGGGUGGAUAUCUUUAUUUUUAUUUUUAAAAAAUGAAAAAGUAACGUUGUCCUAACUGGACAGGAAGCCUUGUGAGAAGGGACUCCCUUAUGCCUCAGAAGGCAAAAGAGGAAGAUUAUUUGGACGUUUUGUAUAGAUUAAGGUUCUUAUUGGACUUUCCCUAGGUUUUGGCUUGUUUUUUGUGUUUGUGUUUCUGUCUAUAGGAAUUAUUUGGGGAGGGGCCCAGUGGAGCCUCAGUUAGAGCCCUCCCUCCCUGAGGCAGGUUGGGAGGGACUGGGAGGGCUGCGUGUGCUGAACUGAGGCCGGCACUGCUGGGCUUUUCUGAUUUUGCCUCCAAAGGAGAGCGAUGUGAUACCUACGUGUGUCAGGAAGGGCCUUCCGCAUGGGCUUCUGCAGAGGGCCAGUGUUCAGGAGCCCAGGCUCUUUCUGGGGGAGUUUUCCCUCUCGUCCUCCCCUCCUUUCUAGGGCUCGUCCUGAAUACUGUCUUCUACCCUCCAUUCUCAGGGCCCUUCUGGGGGCCCUCUGGCCCCUGUGAAUACGCUGGGGUGCUCCCCGCAUAGGUCUCUCCCUUCACUUUUUCUCUGGUGGGAAAACAUGCUGCCUCUGCCCUUUGGUUGGGUUUCACCCCAGGGCAUCUUGGCCCUGGGAAGGGACCUCUCAGCUGCAGGUGCCAGGGUGGUCACCUGUUGGGCGGUUUUUGGAAAGCUUUCCUCCUCCCCUGCCACUCCUUUCUUUUUGCUGCUUUUCUCCCAAACUCCAUUUCUGUCACAUUUUUUAUAAGAAUUUCUCUCAUUCUAUGGGGCCAUAAACCUAUUUCGUCUGGAGCCAAAGGGAUGCCCUAACUGAACAAAAGAGGUGCAAGGGCGGGGGAUCCCAUCAAAACUAUUGUUUGUUUUCCAGUGGUUUUCUUUGCUUGUGAGCAAGCUGGAUUGAGCUGAGCUGGAAGGGAGAGAAUGGGUCUCUGGUCUCUUCUUUCCCUACCGGAUGGAUUUGGAAUUCACUCGUGCGCUUUACUCCAAAUGGCGGUCUUCCCUGAAAAAAGAGGGAGAGGCUUUGCCAUUAACUUUUUUGGAUCGGUUGGCUGUGCCUGGGGAAUGGAGUUAAAUGGGGAUACUCUGGGGACUGUCCCUCCCCAGCUCCAAGGAUGGGAAACUCCCCCUUUU